GCUUCGGCAGUCAGUAGUGCCGCGACCGCCGGAGCGUGAACGUCUCCGAGUGCUUCGAACUCCUCUCUCCCCGGAGCUUCCCGGACUCGUAUUCCUCUCGAGGGACCUUAACCUUCGACAUGGCCAGCAACCGAGCUACGAAGUCUGGAUUCGCGGCGGAGGCGCAAAGGAAGAUUAAUAACAAGUACAGCGAAGAACUCGCCCAGGAGUGCUUGGAGUGGAUCAAAACGAUCACGGGGGAAAAUAUCAGCACCAAUGGAGAUAUGGAUAAUUUCUAUGAGAUCCUGAAGGAUGGUGUCCUUCUCUGCAGGCUGGUGAACGACAUCAAGGAAGGAUCGGUCAAGAAGAUCAACAAGACCACCCUGGCGUUCAAGUGCAUGGAGAAUAUUAACGCUUUCUUGGAGGCUGCCAAAGGUCUGGGAGUCCCAGCUCAAGAAACUUUCCAGACGGUCGAUCUUUGGGAACGGCAAAAUCUGAACUCGGUCGUCAUUUGUUUGCAAUCCCUCGGUAGAAAGGCGGGCAAUUACGGCAAACCGAGUAUCGGACCGAAAGAGGCCGACAAGAAUGUCCGCAACUUCACGGAAGAACAAUUGAGAGCGGGGCAGGGGGUAAUCAGCCUACAGUACGGUAGUAACAAAGGUGCUAAUCAAAGUGGUAUCAAUUUUGGAAACACUCGACAUAUGUAAAACGUCUUCGCUCCUUUCAAAUUCUUCCGCCUUACGUAUUUUCUGAAUUACGUAUAUUAAGGAGACGAGUGUACGUACGCACACGUGCGUCUCCAGUUUAUCGCAUAAUUUCUUUACGCAUCUUGUACCAUGUUCUACAACUAUGGUAGUUAUUUUAAGCGAUAAGCAUCAAGAUAAGCCAGGGUCCACGUACUUGUAAUCAAACGAAGUAUAUUACAAAUUCGGUAGUUUUCGAGCUACCUCUCGUUAGAUGUUAUUCUCGAUUUAUCUACUAUGCAUUGCCGUAUUUAUGGAGACGAAAGUAUUUUCAUAUUGCACAGUGACGCGGACGAGUAAUUAAUUAAAUUAAAUUGAUCCUUUAUUUUUCCACCGCCUGAUUUUUACCUUUCGAUUAAGCUCGUAUUUACGAGACUUUACUAUUGGUUAGUAAAUGGUGUAUCAAAAGAAUAGGUUCUAAAUGGAGGAGAUAAUGACAAUUAAUUAUUACGGAGAGUAGUACUUUGCUCCGAAUGAAAAAACGAUACGUACUUUUAGUUACCGCAAAUGAUUCUACGGAAGUUUCGGUUAAAUUCUUACGACGUCAAAUUAAAGACAUUUUACACAAUCGUAACUGAAUCGGACAGUAUGGUAGAAUGUUGAAAAGAGUAGGAUAGAUUAUAUAAAUAUAUAUUAUAUAUAAAUAGCUAGAUAUUCUGUUACUGUUACAGUAGCUCUUAUGUGUUACAGUGUAACGAAAAUAUUUUACAAGACGAUGUUGUAUGUGAGAUAAUAAUUAUUAUAUAUCGUAAUAAAUGAUUAUAGAGAGCGAUUGUAUUAAGUAUUUUGUACAAAAAUUUUGUGUGGUUAUACAAACAUUUCGUAAUGUAUUAAAAUACACGAAUUAAUAAACAACACAUCAAUAAUGUA